CUUUCAUCAUUUUCCAACCAUUCAUCUUCCUCAUUCUAACACUCUUCUUUACUUUCUGCAUUUCCAUUCCUUCUUUUCUUCCUCCAACUCAUGGCAGAUCAAACCCGGGAUUCAGGAACCGUUUCCGUUCAACCUUCACCUGAAAGAAGGAAGCUUCCCAACUUUCUGCUAUCUGUCAGACUUAAGUAUGUCAAGCUUGGCUACCACUAUGUAAUCUCCAAUGCUAUGUACCUUUUGCUUAUACCCUUUAUUGGGGUAGCUUCUGCUCAUCUGUCAACUUUCUCUUACCAAGAUGUUGCUCAAUUAUGGGAAAACCUAAAGUUCAAUCUUGUCUCGGUCACUCUAUGUUCUAGUCUCAUAGUGUUCCUUGUUACCUUUUACUUCAUGAGCCGUCCAAGAGGUGUUUACUUGGUGGACUUUGCCUGUUACAAACCAGAGCCGGACUGCACUUGCACAAGGGAGACUUUCAUGGACCGCUCUGCGAAAACCGGGGUGUUUUCAGAGGAGAACUUGGCCUUUCAGAAGAAAAUACUUGAGAGGUCUGGUUUGGGGCAGAAGACAUACUUGCCUCCGGCAAUCUUGAGUCUCCCACCAAACCCCUGUAUGGCUGAAGCAAGGAAAGAAGCGGAGCAAGUAAUGUUUGGAGCUAUUGACCAGCUUCUGGCAAAAACUGGGGUUAAGGCAAAGGAUAUUGGGAUUUUGGUGGUGAAUUGUAGCUUGUUCAACCCCACACCAUCUCUCUCUGCAAUGAUUGUGAACCACUACAAGUUGAGAGGGAACAUCCAAAGUUAUAAUCUUGGUGGCAUGGGUUGCAGCGCUGGCCUUAUCUCCAUAGACCUUGCCAAGCAGCUCCUCCAGGUUCAUCCAAAUUCUUAUGCCUUAGUGGUAAGCAUGGAGAAUAUCACUCUGAACUGGUAUUUUGGCAACAACCGGUCAAUGCUUGUUUCAAAUUGUCUGUUCAGAAUGGGUGGAGCAGCAGUCCUUCUCUCCAACAGGUCUUCUGAUCGCAGAAGAGCCAAAUACCAAUUGAUCCACACAGUGCGUACUCAUAAGGGUGCAGAUGACAAAUGCUACGGUUGCGUUUUCCAAGAAGAGGAUGAGAAGAAAACAAUUGGUGUGGCACUCUCAAAGGACUUAAUGGCUGUUGCUGGAGAAGCCCUGAAGACCAAUAUCACAACACUUGGGCCAUUAGUACUUCCGAUGUCAGAGCAGCUUUUGUUUUUCGCAACUUUGGUGGCUAGAAAAGUGUUCAAGAUGAAGAUAAAGCCCUACAUCCCUGACUUCAAGCUAGCUUUUGAGCACUUUUGCAUCCAUGCUGGAGGAAGAGCAGUGUUGGAUGAGUUGGAGAAGAAUCUGGAGCUGAGUGAUUGGCACAUGGAGCCAUCCAGAAUGACUCUGAAUAGGUUUGGUAACACUUCUAGCAGUUCCUUGUGGUAUGAACUGGCCUACACUGAAGCUAAAGGGAGAAUCAGAAAAGGUGACAGGACUUGGCAGAUAGCAUUUGGCUCUGGCUUCAAGUGCAACAGUGCCGUGUGGCGUGCAUUGAGGACCAUUAAUCCUGCCAAAGAGAAAAAUCCUUGGAUGGAUGAGAUUCACGACUUUCCUGUUCAUGUGCCUAAAGUGGCAACCAUUGGUUCCUCCUAGGUUAAACCUCUUACUUUUUUUCUCAGAAAAUUUCAUUAUUUCAUAUUUUCAUAGUUAAUCUUAGAAGGUGUGCAAAUUAGAAGAGAAGAUUCAUCCCACCAGAUUUUCUGCUUUCGCAGUUUCUUUGAUCUUGUUCUAGUGUGUGUUCAAGUUGUAAGAGUGUGCAUACAGUUAUAUUGUCAAAUGAAACAUUUUACACAUUUUUUCAUAAAA